UAAAUUUAGAUUAACCGUCGAAUACGGCAAAAUGAUUUCAAAAGCGGUGAUUCAUCAAAUGAAGACGAAAUGAUUGUACGAGGUUCAAACUACUUUGUAUUGAGUUCAAAGAAAUACACGGAGAAAACAUCGAGUGAUCCAAAUGAACGUUUCAUUCAAUUGAAAACGCUGUUACCGAAUUUGUUGCUCGUCAGUAAUGUGAGUCAAUUAGGCUACAAUGUAUGGAAGGAUUCAUAUAAAAAUAUUUACUCCGGAUUGUCACUUUCAUUGCCCAAAAACAUUCACCUGCUGACAUUUGAACCAUGGAAAGCUGAUUCGAUUUUGCUUCGUUUCGAGCAUAUUUUUGAGAAGAAUGAAGAUAUUCAAAACUAUUCAAAAGAUGUCUCCUUCAAUUUAUAUGAUGUAUUUAACUCAUUUCACAUUAUUUCGUAUCGUGAAACAACAUUGGCUGCAAACCAAUGGCUGAGUCAUUCUAAACGUUUCAAUUUCACGGCUAAAACAGAUGACACAAUUGAAACAUCUGACUUUAAUAGCUAUCAAGAUGAGAAUUUAAGAGCCGAUCCAAUAAGAAGUCAUUCAUUCCGAAUUACACUAAAGCCUAUGCAAAUUCGAACGUUCGUAGUACAAAUAAAGUGGAGAUCACAUGAUAAGACAUGAAACGAUAUAAUUGUUUUGUUUUGGUUUAUUUUUCAACUUAAAAUUCUAUUU